AGAGAGAGGGGGGAGGAAGACAGAUCGAGGGCGGCAAGAGAGCGGGGAGAAACGGUUCGGGGGUGCGGGGAACGACAAACGCUGGGAGAAGAGAAGAAGAAGAAAGUCGGAUGAAUCGGUGACCUUUAGAGCCGUCUUCGUCUGGACGCCCCGCUACAGAAGCGGAGCGGGAAUCAACAACUUCACAUUUUCGGACCAGUUUUAACAAAAAGAAGAAGAAAAUUAAUCAACGUGUUUGGAAAUUUAUCGAGUGGAAGAAAGAAAGAAAGAAACAACUGACUGUGGACAGGCAGUUAAGGAGGAAGUGGGAACCCCCGGUUUGGACUGGGCCUGGUUUAAACUGUGUUUGAGGGGUUUGGAUCAACUGAUUAAAUAAAAGUUGUUUCCGGUCCAGCUCACCUGGAAGUGAGAGGAUUCAUUUUAAGAAGACGAAAAUUGUGAUUUUUUUGGAGGGAGUUUGUCCUCAAAAAGCUUUGUGAGAGAUGCCAUUUUUUUCUUCUUACAUGAUGAAAAUCUAUCCCCACCCAAAUCUGUGAGGGCGCACUGUUCCUCCGAAACGCUCAGGUUGGAUUACCUCAGUCCAGAUUCUUGUACUGUACAAACUUGAAUAUUGACGCUCGUGUCAGGCCGCCGCCGUCACCUGUGGAGUCUUUGCACACCGAAAGCGAGACCUCUCAUUUGGAGUUGAAACUACUUUUCCACUCCCAAGGGAAGAACCACUUUUCUUUUCCUGUAACAAAGUAUUUAUGCACAUCAGACAAGAUGGGGAAAAUGCUUUCAAAGAUCUUUGGCAACAAGGAGAUGAGAAUAUUGAUGCUUGGACUUGAUGCUGCCGGGAAGACGACCAUCUUGUACAAGCUGAAACUGGGACAGUCGGUCACCACCAUCCCCACGGUCGGGUUCAACGUAGAGACCGUCAACUACAAGAAUGUGAAGUUCAACGUGUGGGACGUGGGCGGACAGGACAAAAUCAGACCGCUCUGGAGACAUUACUACACAGGUACCCAGGGCCUGAUUUUUGUGGUGGACUGUGCCGACAGGGACCGCAUCGACGAGGCGAGGCAGGAGCUCCACCGGAUCAUCAACGACCGGGAGAUGAGGGACGCCAUCAUCCUCAUCUUUGCCAACAAACAAGACCUCCCAGAUGCCAUGAAGCCCCAUGAAAUCCAGGAAAAGCUGGGCCUGACCCGGAUCAGAGAUAGGAAUUGGUACGUUCAGCCCUCUUGUGCAACAACGGGGGAUGGACUGUACGAGGGCCUGACUUGGCUUACCUCAAAUUACAAAUCCUAAUGUUUCCUCCACCCCACUCACCAGCCUGGACACUUGGAGGAGAAACGUAGCUAUAAUUAAAAAAAAACAGCAAUUAUCACCACGAUCGCUUUCCUGGAAAUGUAUUAAAGAGUCACAAGUACUUUUGGUUUAAUAUUCUCUUUUUUGAUGACGAUAGCUUUUCUUUAACCCCAAAUUUCAUUUAAGCGAAACAAAAAGCUUUUUUUUUUUUGUCGUUUCUUUUCUUCGUAUAAUC